GCUCGAGCCAUUAGUCGAAAACUAUAAACGCUCGACGCGAAAUCGUCUCCGGGUCUCUCUCCGUCUUCGACUUCGACUUCGACUACGAUUUCGACUCGGCAACGCAAACUAUUUUUUUGUACGUUUUUUUUUUCUGUUUUGUUAUUAAACGAUAGAUUUGCGUUACAAAUGCCAAUUUAUAAAAAAGAAACCAAGAAAACUUUAAAACAACUAAAAACAAUUUAAAACAUUUUUUUUAAACUGCAACCGACACUAAAAUAAAAAGCGCAAAGAAAAUUCCAAAAUCAAUACCAAACAAAAAAAAAAAAAAUUUAAUUUUUUAUUUGGUAACGCGCAGUCGCAAGUAAAAGCAAAAGUGACAACAAAUGGCUCAGCAGCAGCAACAGUGCGGCGAAUAAACUACGAAAAUUAAACUCGUGUCCUACACUCGUCCUGCGAGCGGAGUCACAAGCUCCACACAACCAACAACAGCAACAACAACUGAUUAAAGGAAAAGAAAAGAAGAGCUACAAAAGUCCACAAGAAAUACUCAAGAUGCUGACCGACUCGUAUCUGAUCAAGUUUGUGCUGCGACAAAUGCAGGUGGAACAGCAGGAUGCACAGCAUCUGCUGAUGGUCUUCCUCAGCUUCCUCACGCUCAUCAGCCUGCUGCAGUGGCUGCUACGCAAUUAUCGCGAGCUACGCAAGCUGCCGCCCGGUCCAUGGGGCUUCCCCGUCAUCGGCUAUCUGCUGUUCAUGGGCAACGAGAAGCACACACGCUUCAUGGAGCUGGCCAAGCGAUAUGGAUCGCUCUUCUCGACGCGCCUUGGCAGCCAGCUGACAGUUGUGAUGAGUGACUACAAAAUGAUUCGUGAGUGCUUUCGGCGCGAGGAGUUCACAGGACGACCGGAUACGCCGUUCAUGCAGACCCUCAACGGUUACGGCAUCAUCAAUAGCACCGGCAAACUGUGGAAGGAUCAGCGACGCUUUCUGCACGACAAACUGAGACAGUUCGGCAUGACCUACAUGGGCAAUGGCAAGCAGCAAAUGCAGAAGCGCAUUAUGACUGAGGUGCAUGAGUUCAUUGGCCAUUUGCAUGCCAGCGAUGGACAACCGAUUGAUCUGUCGCCGGUCAUCUCGCUGGCCGUCAGCAAUGUGAUCUGCAGCCUGAUGAUGUCCACACGCUUCAGCCUCGACGAUCCCAAGUUCCGUCGCUUCAAUUUCCUCAUCGAGGAGGGCAUGCGACUCUUUGGCGAAAUUCACACCGUCGAUUAUAUACCGACGUUGCAGUGCUUCCCCAGCAUCUCGACGGCGAAGAACAAGAUCGCCGAGAAUCGCGCUGAAAUGCAGAAGUUCUAUCGCGAUGUUAUCGAUGAUCACAAGCGCACUUUUGAUCCCAGCAAUGUGCGCGAUCUGGUCGAUUAUUAUCUGUGUGAGAUCGAGAAGGCCAAGGCCGAAGGCACCGAUGCCGAACUCUUCGAUGGCAAGGAUCAUGAGGAACAACUGGUGCAGGUGAUCAUCGAUCUGUUCUCCGCAGGCAUGGAAACGAUCAAGACUACACUGCAGUGGAUCAAUGUGUUUAUGCUGCGCAAUCCCAAGGAGAUGCGUCGCGUCCAGGACGAGCUCGAUCAGGUGGUGGGACGUCAUCGUCUGCCAACGAUCGAGGAUCUGCAGUAUCUGCCAAUCACCGAGUCCACCAUACUCGAGUCAAUGCGCCGCUCCAGCAUUGUGCCAUUGGCCACCACGCACUCGCCCACAAGAGAUGUCGAACUCAAUGGCUAUACCAUACCGGCCGGCUCGCACGUCAUUCCGCUGAUCAACAGCGUGCACAUGGAUCCCAACCUGUGGGAUAAGCCCGAAGAGUUUCGUCCCGCCCGCUUCAUUGACACCGAGGGCAAGGUGCGCAAACCCGAAUACUUUAUACCUUUCGGUGUCGGCAGACGCAUGUGCCUCGGCGAUGUGCUGGCUCGCAUGGAGCUCUUCCUGUUCUUCAGCUCGUUCAUGCACUGCUUCGACAUUGCCCUGCCCGAGGGUCAGCCGCUGCCCAGUCUGAAGGGCAAUGUGGGUGCCACAAUCACGCCGGAGUCCUUCAGGGUUUGUCUCAAGCGUCGUCCGCUGGCGCCGACUGCAUCGGAGCCGCAUCAGGUGCGCAAUGUGGGCGCCAACUGAAUCUCUCUCUUUCUGUCUCUGUGCAGCCAGAGAUUCAGCCAGAGCACGGUUCUGUUCCUAGACAACACACAACAAACAAACACACACACACACAACAAACACAACACAAAAGUGAGAAUGCGUUUUUUUUUCCAUUAGUCUUAAAAUACAUAAUCUUAAGCUUUAGUUUCUAAGCUUAGGUUUAAGCAGCAGUGACAAAAAGAUACAAAUGUAUCUGAGCGUGCAGUACGAAUUCUAUUCUUUCAACCCCAAGAAGCUGUGUUCAGUUAAUUAUUAAUUUAGCCGCUAAGCUAGCCAUUUAAUUAGCCAAGUUAGCAAUUGAUUUGUCCUCGUCUCUCUCUCUCUC